AUGGUGGGAUCAGAGUCAGAAGGAAAAUAUAUAGAAUACAUAAAUAAAUAUAGUGAACUUGACAAAAAUGAGGUUUCUGAAAAAUUCAAAAAUCGAAAUUCAAAUGAAAGCCUAUACUUUGAAAAAUAUAAACAAAAAGAUGAUAUUAUUCUCAAUGAUUCAACAAAAUAUAAAAUAUUAUUUUCAUAUUUAAAAAAAAAAGAGAAAAAAAAAUUAAUACAAAGUGAUGGCGAUAAUAAUAUAAUUUUACAAAAAGAUAUAUUUUCCUCAAAAACAUCUGAUUUAGUUCAAAUAUUUUCUGAAAAUUUAAUAAAAUAUAAUAUUAAUUUAGAAAUAUAUAAUGAUAAAUUAUAUAUUUCAUUAAAAUUUAAAGAUAAAAUCGAUCCUCUUAUACCAUAUUUAAAGAAAGAAUUUUUUUUUAAAGCCAAAACAGAAGAAAAUGUUAUAUUAUUAUUGGCUAAAAAAUUUGAAAUAUAUAAUACCUUAAUGAAAUCUAUGUAUUUAAAACAUAAAGUUAAUGAAUAUUUUAAAAAUAAUAAAAAAAUAAAUGAUUUUUUUUUGAAUAAUAAUUUUGAAAAAAAUAUAGAUACUUAUAGUAACAUUGUUAAUACUACAUUUUUUUCAAAUUCUUAUAAUGUAAAUAAAUUGUUUAAAAAUAAUAUUAACAAAUUUAGAACAGAAGAUAAAAACAUAAUUAUAGCAUCAAAAAAUGGGAAUGAGCAACGAAAUGAUUCAAAUAAUGUUUCGGAAAUUAAAGGAAAUGCUUUAUCAAAAAAAAAGACAGAACAAGAUCAAAGUCAGUAUUUAACAAAAUGUUAUAUAAAAAAUAAUAAUAAUGUUGAAUUAACAAAAAAAACAAAUCAGUCAAAUAAUAAUGAAAAUUUUGAUGGAGAUAUAGAACAUGGCCAAUCCAUUUAUGAAGAUUCAAAUAAACAAUCAAUAAGCAUUUCUUAUAAUCUAUUAUUAGAAAAAAAUAAAAAUGAAUUUGUCAAUUUAAAUUUGAAAAAAAGAAAAACAGAAAAAUAUAUUAGUAAAGAAGAAUAUGGCGUUUAUGAAAAUGACAAUUUAAAAGAUAUAUAUAAAAAUCAGAUAAAUGAUAAUAAUACAAUGGAAAAAUCCGAAAAAGAAUAUUUUAAAAUUAACAAUAUUGAAAAUAUUGAACAAAUAAAAAAAAUAGAAAUAAAAAUGUGUGAAACGAAAGAAGAACGACGGAAACUAAAAGAACAAAUGAAGUUGGAGAAAAAUGAAUUUCUUAGAAUACAAAAAGAAGAGAAAAAAAGAAAAAAAGAAAAAAAAAUGCUUGAAAGAAAAAAAAUGUUAGAAUUGGAAAAAGCAUAUAAAAAAAAAUUAAAAGAAGAAAAAAAAAUAAAACAAAUGCAAGAAAAGGAAAGAGAAAAACAAUAUAAAAAAUUUCAAAGAGAAGAAAAAAAAAAAUUAAAAAAAAAAAUUUUGAAAAAUCAAACAGAUAAAACAAAACAAUGUGCAAAUAUAAAUAACAAAUAUGAUACAGAAAACAAUCAAUAUACUAGUAAAAUAAAUUUAAUCAUUGGAAAUGACGAUAAUGAUAAUAGGUUAAAUGAAAAACCACAAUGGAUGGAAAUAAAAUCUCCAGUAAAAAAAAAAAAAAUUAUUAUAGAUAUGGCUAGUUGCACACCCAAUAAUAAUGUAAUUGAAAAAAACAAUUAUAUUAACUUAAGUGAUAAUAAAGUAAAAUUCUCUCAAACAAAUGACAAUAUAAAUAACAUCUCAUCUUAUAGCAACAAUACUAAAAGAAAAAAAAAAUUAAACACAGAUUUAAUAUAUGAAGAAAUAGAAAUACGCAAUGUUUUUGAUGAAGAUGGGCAAAUAAAAAAAAAAAAUAUUUUAAAUAACAAUAAAAAAAUAAAAAUAAAUAAAAAUGAUCACACACAAGUAUACCACGAUUUAGUGGAUACCCAAGGGAAUGACACUUUGAAUACAUAUCACGAAAUAGCCAAUUUAAAAAAUGAAUACAUGGCUCGAGAAAGUGAUGGAUUAUUAUUAGAAAAUGAUCAAAAAAUAAUAGAAACAAACACACAGCAAAAAAAUACUAUAGAGGAAAAAGAAAUUGUAACAAAGAUAAUAAAAAAUAAUAUAAGUUACAAUAAUGAUAGUAUUUCAAGUCUUUUUAACCAAAAUCAAGAAAAUAAUAUCUAUAUUAAUAAAAAUAAAAAAAAUGGGAUAAAAAGUAAAAUGGAUGAGUUAUAUCACCAAAAUGAAAUGUUAAAUUUAAAAAAUACAUCAUCUUUUCAAAUAAAUCAUGCAAAAAAAAUGAAAGGCAAUAUAAAUGUAGAAACAACAAACGAAUUCAGUGGUACAAAAGAAAAAAUAAAAAAAGAUGUAAAAAAAAAUGCAAAAAAAAAAGAUGUAAUACACAUACCUAAUAAUGUUAUUGAUAAAAAAAUAGCUAUGAAUAUUAUGGCAUAUAAAGAAGAAACAAAUAAUAAAGAAACUAAAAAAAAAAUCGCUUUAUUUGGUCAGGUAAAACCUCGAGAUAUAAUAAAAAGAGGUAUAUAUGGUUAUAAAGCUUUUCAAAAUAAUGAAAAUUUAUAUGUUGAUGUUUUAAUUAUAGGAGGUGGAAUAUCUGGAUUAGCCGCUUCAUAUUAUUUAAAAAAAUGUAAUGCAAAAUUUUUAUGUAUAGAAGGACGAAAUAGAAUUGGAGGUAGAGCGUUUACAACACAACUUCCAAAAAGAAUAGUUAAUAAUAAAGUUCUUCCAGAAACAAUAGUUGAUUUGGGGGCUAAUUAUCUUCACUGUUGUGAUAAUUCUGAUUUAUUAAAUGAAAAUAAAAAAAAAAAAGUAAAAAAAAAAUAUACGUCAAAAAAUUCAUUUAAAUUUAAUUAUACAAAUAUAAGGGAUCAUAAUAACAUAAAUAAUAUUAUUAAAACAAUGGAGAUUGAUGAAAUUGAAAAAAACUUAGAAAAUAGCAUAUCACAGUUUACUGAAGGAUAUGAAAAAUUAAUUAAAGAAUUUAUAAAACCCCCAAUAUAUAAAUGUUCAAAUUCUUUAAACAAUAAUAAAGAUUGUGUAAACAUUGAUAAUAAUGCAAAUUUCAAAGAUGAAAAUGAUAUUGAAUGUAUCCAAUGUGAGAAAGAAAACUGGCAUAGUGAUUUUGAUUAUAUAGGACGAAAAAAGGAAAAAGAUUUGAAUAAAAAAAAACUAAAAAAAAAUAUUUUAUUUAUGAUUAGAAAUAAUGUUGAUAAUAUUUGUGAAUUUUAUGAAAAUUAUUAUUAUAAAAAUGAAAAAAAAGAUAUAUAUCAAUUUUUUAAAAUUAUAGAUGAAAAUAUAUAUUUUUAUGCAAAUUUAAGUGAUGACAAUACAUAUAGUAUUCCUAAUAAAAAUAAAUAUAAUCAUUCUAAAAUUAUAAAAAAUAAACAACUAAAAGUUCUGACUGUUAAUAAAGAUACGAGAAAAAGACGAGAAUAUGAUAAAUCCGUAACAAAAUUAGCUGAAAAACUGAAACCCAAAAUAGCUUUAGUAUGUGGAAAAGAUAAUUGGGAAUCUACAUUUUAUGCCUAUUGGUAUAAUAAUGAAAAUGGGAAAAAAAUUAAAAAUUUUAAAAUAUACCGAAUGAAUUUAUUGUGUGAUAAAAUAAGAAUUAGAGCAGCUCGAAAAAUAAAAAAUUAUCUUUUUAUAAAUGAUGAUACAUAUGAUAAUCAAUAUGUUACUAAUAAAAAUGAUGCUUACAACGCUGAUAGUAUUGCUUACAAUAAUCUAAUUUUUAACAACACAAAUGAUAAUAAUAGUAAUAAUAAUAGUAAUAAUAGUAGUAAUAAUAAUAAUAGUAAUAAUAAUAAUAACAAUUUGACACAUAAAAUGGUCGACAAUAUUGAUGACAAUACUGGAAAUGCUAAUUCAAAUCAAACUGAGAGCUUUAACAGCUUUAAAAAUGAAUAUAGCAACAAAGGUGAUACAGAAAUAACAAGCGAUUUAUAUAUUAAAAAUGAAAAAAAAGAAAAAGAAAAUUUUAACAUCUAUCAUAAUAGAGUAAACGAAAUAAAAAAUAACUUUCAGAAAUAUAUAAAUAACAAUAUAAAACUUUUAAAUCCACACACUACCCAAGAAGUUUAUAAUUCUGCUUUAAAAAAAGAUAGUUUGGUAGAAUAUGUAGAUGAUCAAUUUGAAUGGGAUGAAAUUAACGGAAUUAACAAAAAAAAAAAAAAUGCAAAAGAAAAAAAUAAUGAAGAAGAAGAGGAGAUGUGUGAAAAUGAUAAACCAAAUAAUAAUAUUAACGAAAAUACUAAUGGAAAAGUAGAUAUAAUAAAUAAUUCAAAAAAAAAAUCAAUUGGUGAAGUAUCCGAGUUAAAAAUAAAUAAUGGGAAUAAUUUUAUUUCGAUAAAAAAUAGACCAAAAAUAAAAAAUUCACCAAAUUCCAAAAGUGGAAAUAUAAAAACAAAAAAUUUAACGACAAAUUUAGACACAUUAUUUUAUGACAAAAACGCAAUCAUUUAUGAUAAUUAUUAUAAUUACGGAGAAGAAUAUUAUAAUAUUGUCAAAGAACCAAAUAAAUAUAAUGAACAAAAUAAAAAAAAAAAAUACAAUAUUAAUGAUACGUGUUUGUAUAAAAAUGUGGGUAGUAAUGAUAAUACAGAUAAUGAAAAGUCAUGUGGAAAAAUCAAUAAAAAAAAAAAAAAAAAAAGUAUGUGGGAUUUAUUAAUGGAAUGUACAGAAGAAAUAUUCACUGAAAUGGAUUUAAAUCAAGAAAAUUACUCAAUUGAAGAGUGGAAAAUGCUAAUGGUAGCUUUACAAUCAAGAUAUGGCUAUGGUGGUGAUUUAAGAAACACAUCUAUUGCAAUGUCAAGACUUCCAUCUUCUGGUUAUAUGGAUAUAGACAUAUGCCCAAAUUAUGGCAGUAAAAAUUAUAUACUAAAAAAUAUGAAAUAUUAUGAUAAAAUAAAAAAAAACGAGCAAGUACCCCACAUUUGUCAAUUUAAAGAUAAUACCAGUGCUGAUAAAAUUGUACUUGAUGGAUGGAAAUGGAUAAUUGAUUAUUUAUCAGAAAAUAUACAAAAUAAUAUUUUUAUUAAUACGGUAGCGGAGCUUGUUCAAAUAAAAAAUCCAACAAAUUCAGCGAAUUCAAACAGAGACCAAAACCACAUUUAUAUUAAGAGCGACUCCCAAAAUGAAGAUAUUGAUGAUAAUAAUUGCAAAAAAAAUGCUUCAAAUAGUAACCAUAAUAGCUUACAAUCUUAUCAAUAUGACGAUUACAAUUCUGCAAAACAAAAAAAUGAAAACAUAGAAUUCGUUAAAGAAAAGAAUAAUGAAGAAAUCGAUGAUUUUCUAAAUCAUCAAAAUUUUGAGAAUUUUAUUGACAAUAAAAAUUGUAAGAAAAUAAAUGAAAACGAUAAAAAAAGGAAUGAUGAUUCAUAUGUCGAAGCAAAUGAUAAUGAAUAUGAUUACAAUAGUUUAAAGAAGGAAUAUAAAAUACCUAGUAAUUAUGGUAGUUAUAGUGCUAUAGUUAAAUGCAAAUGUUAUGAUACUUCGGAAAAAAAUGUAAAUAAAAAUUUUCAUGGUACUUCUGAUUUAAGUAAUUGUAAAUUUAAAAACAUAAAUAUUCAUGCUAAAUAUAUUAUUGUUGCCUUGCCACUUGGAUGUUUAAAAGAAAAUGAAGAAAAGAAAAAAAAUCAAAUACAAUCCUGUUUAAAAUUUGAACCUGAAUUACAUCCCCUUAAAAUCAAAGCACUCAGUAAUUAUAAAAUGGGAAGGCAUAACAAAAUUAUUUUACGAUUUUAUCCAUUUAAUUUUAUAUGGCCAUUUGAUGGUUUACAAAUAAAUUGUAUAGAUCAAAAAUUCCAAUAUUUAAAUUUACACGCAUAUGGUAAAAUUGGGUGUAUUUUAGUACAUUGUUUUCCACCUUGGUCAUCUACAUAUGGUUAUAUUAAAAAAGAAUAUUCUAUAGUUAAUGAAUGCUUAUAUAAUUUAAGUAAAAUGUAUGAAAAUAGUGGAAAAAAGCUACCUAUUCUAGUUGAUUAUAUUAUAACAAAAUGGCAAGACGAUACAUUUUCAUGUGGCUCUUAUGCAUAUCCGGAUUAUAAAUGUAAUGAUAAUGAUAUUAUAUAUUUAAGAGCGCCCCACCCUAUACAUAAUCCUAAAGUUGUUUUUUGUGGCGAAUAUUUAUCGAAAAGUUAUUUUCAGUGUGUAGAUGGUGCAUAUGAUACUGGUAUUAGAGCAGCAGAAGAUAUUGCGCAUAUAGGAUUAAAAUUGAAAUCUUUUGAUAAAAAAAAAUAUAAUACUGAUAUAUAUUUUUUCCCAAAUGAUACAUGUCCAUUUACAAAUAUACCAUUACCUAAAGUAAAAAGAGAGCUAUUAGGAUUUUACAUAACUGAUGGAAGUGAUGAAGCAUUAUCAGAUUAUGAAAGUUCUUCUGGAGAAGAAGAUGAUACUAUAUCGAAUAUUCCUUUAUCGAUUAUAAAAGAAGAACGUAACUUAUUAUAUUCUACAUUAAAAAACAUUAAUAAUUUUUUCCACCAAUUAAAAGAUGAAAAUAUUAGGAAAAGGAAAAAUUUACGAGGAAAUUGUAAAAAGAAAGUUAGAGAUAAUCGAAUUAGCCAAACUGGUAUAAAAAUAAAAAAUAUUAAAGCUCAAACAAAUUGUAUGAAUAAUAUGAGCAAUUUAAAUGGAAUAGUAACAGAUGAUUCAAAAAAUUGUUACAUCAAAAAAAGUAAUACCGAUUUGCAUUAUGAUGAUGGAUGCAAUAAAAAAGAGUUAAACAAUUAUGAUAAUUCACACAAACUAAAUGAACAAAUAAUAUAUUCUCAAUAUGUUUCUUCAAAUGAAAUUAUUAAUUUAUCUCAUAAUAUAAUACCUAUAAAAAAUAAUACAGAAAAUGAUAUAUCAUUCGCCAAAUAUAUAAAUAGUAUCGAUUUUUAUCUUGAUAGAUAUGUGAUAAAAUUUAGAGAUAUUAUUUUUCAUAAUUAUAAUGGUAUUGAAUUAGGGAAUAUUUGUGAUGGUGUAAAUGUAACCAAAGAUUUAAUAAAAAUUGGAUUUUCUCUAUCACAAUCAUUGCCAAUAAUAUUGAAACGAUUUGAUAACUUUCAAUUUAUUAUACAAAAGGAAUUAUGCACAAUGCUUAAGAAAGUUACGCCUGUUCUUUUACCCUAUUUCAAUAAUAUGAAUGACAAAAAAAAUGAAUUUUUAUCAAUUGCCGAAACACAUCUUAAUUAUAUUUUAACAUCGAAAGAAGUGAUAAAUGAAAUAUUUUAUGAACAAAUAAAAAAUAUUUUAGAAAAAAAUAAUAUGACUAGCCAAUAUAGUAAUAAUGAAGAUAUCGAUUUAUCUCCUAAUCAAUAUGAAGAAACCAUCUAUCACAACAGAAAUAAUUAUUCAUCAAAAGAGUAUUGUAUUAUAAAAAAUAAUGUUGUAGAAGAAGACGAAAAAACGGGGAACAAUCAUAUAUUCAAUAAUGAUAUAAAUAAUAAUAUUAAUGAUGUGCAAACAAAUAUUAUAUACAAUAAAAUUAUACUGAAUGAUCAUAAUAACAUAAACAAUGCAGAUGGAAAUUUGGAGAAACACAAUAAUAAUUAUGAACAAAAAAUAAUAAAUGAAAAUGCAAAAAAUGAUGAAAAAAAUACAAAUCCAAAAGGAAAUAUCAAUUGUAUGCAGUUAGACAUGAAUAAUGAAAAAAAGAAAAAUAUGUACAUUCAAAAUAAGCAAAUAUAUGAAUUAAAUAAUUAUUUAAAAUAUGUUUUAAAUAAUAUAUUUAUGAAAAAUAAAUAUAUAGAAGAAUAUAUUGCAAAUACAAAUAAAAAUAAAAUUAAAUUAAACUCAACUUGUUUUCUUUUUUUUUGUUGCUAUGUUUUACAAUAUAUAAUGAAGCAAAUUAAUUAUGACUUAUCACACAAAUUUAGUGAUUUUAAUAUAAUUAUUCAGUUAUUAUGUGAUUAUGUAUAUUAUUUAAUAUUUUAUAAACACGAAGUCUUAUGUUAUAAAUGCAUGAAUAGUGGUGAAUUAAUUUUGUGUGAUUUUUUAAAUUGUACAAAUGGUUGGCACUAUUUUUGUUUAUUCUCAAAAAAUGAUCAGGAAGAAAAAAAGUUGAAUAAUUUGUGGUUUUGCCCAAAUUGUCUCAACGGAAAAUUAGUAAAACCUUCUCAAAGAGGUUAUUAUAAUCAGAAUGAAAUAAUACAAAAUUAUUGGAAAAGAAGAGUUUACAUUUAUAAAAUAAAAUUUUUUUUGUCGAGAACUCGCAGAAUUCGAAAAAGAUUAGAUUUACUUGAAAUGGAACUAAAUAAAAGAAUUCCAUAA